AUGCUGCUGUCUGCUGUGUGUGUCAUCCUCAGUCUGGCUGGAUCCAUGCUCUCCUGUCAGAACGCACAGAUGGUCAAAUCACUCCUCACCUGCCAGGUAUGUAGGAAAGGGGAAAUGUGUUGCACAACUGAAUGCUUUCAACCAAAAUGUGUCUUCCGCAUUUAACCCAACCCCUCUGAAUCAGAGAGGUGUACACAGCUCUGUGGAGAGUGUGAAUGUGUGUGUGUGUGUGUGUGUGUGUGUGGGGGGGGGGGGGGGGGGGUGAUGUGUGUGUGUUACAGUUUUUCUCGAUUGUUUACACACAUUUUCUGAAAGCAUGCCUCAUAUUCUCAGAACUCUACACACAAAUCAAAAAACACACACACAAUGGGCAAAAACCCUCAAUUCUCCAGCAAAAUGAAACUUUACAUUCAAAACAAUGUUAUUUCUAAUCAAAAUUGUAUUUUGUUUUCAAAUGACACACACAAACCAUCAUAUGAAUAGACAUUUAUAAGAACCAGUUGAACACUGAUGUGCUCAAUGUAAAACACUAUGAUGAAUGGAAAACACUUCUUCUCCAUUCAUCAUAAUGACUUAGGCCUUUUUUUGGUUCAGUGUUGCCAUUACUACAGACAGUACAUACAUAAGUGUGUUGUAAAAUAUUUGAGAAUAUUGUUUUUAUACUCAGAACACACAAAUACACGGUAACAAAUAUAUUUCAUUUUUCCCACAAAAACAAUGUACACAGUGUACAUCCCAUUCCCAACCAACACAAAGUUGCACAUACAGUGGUCUACAUACAAAACAGAAGAAUUGAAUGUAUACAGUUACAGUAAAAAAAUAAAAUAAAAAACUAUGCUGCAUCCUCUCUUCUGUUGCGGUCUGGCCACAGCACCUCAUCCACAUCACAAGCAAUGUUUUCCCUGGCCAAGCAGUGGGGGAAAUAUCGCCUAGCAUGGCGAUUCCAGCCAUGAAAAGAAUCAGCUGCUAUAUCUCCACAUGCGUCUUCCAUAGCUUGGAGAAGAGGUAUACGCAUUUGUGGAUUUCGGUCAUACACGUUCCAUCUCCAGGCAGAAAAAAAAUCCUCAAUAGGAUUGAGGAAUGGAGAAUAUGGAGGGAGAUAAACAACUAAAAAGGAAACAGAGGCAGAGACAUUGCUUGUGAUGUGGAUGAGGUGCUGUGGCCAGACCGCAACUAAAAAAAAAUGACAACGUACCUGAGCUGCUCUGGGCCAUCUACCUGAUCUGGUGGAAUGAGUGUGUUGUGUAGGGUGUCCAGGAAUGUGAUCAGAUGGGCGGUGUUGUAGGGGCCAAGGGUAGCAUGGUGAUGGAUGACGCCGUGGUGGGUAAUCGCUGCACACAUUGUGAUGUUCCCUCCGCGCUGGCCAGGGACUUGAACAAUGGCACGCUGGCCGAUGAUAUUCCUUCCCCUCUUUCGUAUUUUUGUGAGGUUGAGUCCAACCUCAUCAAUGAAGAUGAACUGGUGCUCCACUGCAGCAACCUCUAGCUCAAGGACUCUCUGAAACACACAUGACAAUAUCAGAAAUAGACAUGGAGUGGUCACUAUUGUGAAGCACAAUCAUUAUGAUUACAAUACUGAAAUAUGUAUAAUUUAUACAGUGUUGAGAGUAUGCAUCAAUUGUGGGAUUGUAUAGGACUCACUUGCACAUAGUUAUAUCGCAAUUCUUUGACUCUUUCUGAAUUGCGUUCAAAUGGCACCCUGUAGACCUGCUUCAUCCUGAGAUUAUUUCUGCGCAAGACACGGUCCAGUGUUGAUAAGCUUACCCUAUCAAUAUUUUGAAAUAUCAUUGUUUUCUAUUAUUUUUCUUUGUAUUUGCCGUAAUGUUAUGGCGUUAUUUUCUAGGACCAUGUUCAUGAUUUCAGUUUCCUGUUCAGGAGACAGAACACGUUCCCGACCACCUUGUGUUGGUUGGUAAUCUUUCAGUUCUGCCAAACAAAUAGUAAAAUGCUGUAAAUACAAAGUAGAAAUACAUUUCCCAAAUACUUGAAACAUACUUUAUUUUUACAGUCCUACAGAACAGUCCACAGGCAAUACUGUACUACUGUACUCAUUGAGUACUGUAUUGAUAUGCAGUACUGCAAUUUUCUAGUGAGAGUAGAUUUCUUACCUAUUCUCAUUUCGGAAUGUCCGGAUAAUGGAUGCUACAGUGUACCUGCUCAAAUUUGGCUGUACUCUUUGCCCAGCCUCCCUCAUUGUUAGACCAUGGUUGACCACAUGAUCAACCAAAGUGGCUCGGAUCUCAUCAGAGAUUACGGUCCUUGGCCUUCCUCGUCCUCGUCCUCGUCCUCGUCCUCGUCCUCGUCCUUGUCCUUGUCCUCCCAGUCCUCCUCCUCUUACUCUCACUCCUCUGGCUCUGCCUCUGUUUCCAAUGUUGGCAUCCAUUGCUCCAAAACAGAAGAGCUCACCUGUUGCCCUUUUAUGCUAAAGCUCUGAUUGCUAAUUGUAAAACUGUGUGACGGGUGUUUGCCCAUGUGAUGAGUCAGUGUGCAUAUUUGAAUGGCAGUGUGUUCAUUGUGAAAACAACAGAUUUUCUGCAUGAAAAUUGUGCCAAAUGCAAAGAUUUGUGUGUAGUGUUUUGAAAAAAGUGUGUUGUAGAACUGCAAUUUGAGUGUAAAGCAGGAAUUGUGCUUGUAGUUUAGCAGAAUUGGUUCAGGGGGUUGGUGCAUGAGUUACAUGUUGUGGUCAUUGUGUCUCAAGUACCAGUAUUUGUGUGUAAACAAUUGAGAAAAACUGUAAUCCUCUGUGUGUGGGGUGUUGGGGGGGGGGGCGGGAUGUGUGUGUGUUAAUCCUCUGUGUGUGUGUUUUGCAGGUGGAGAACGGGUUGUGUGUGUGUUGCGCCCCGACACACUCCUGCUCUAUAAACGAGGAGGAGACCCUGGUACUCUACCUAAACGCAGACUGCCACUCUGUCAGACAUCAGCUGAAGGUGUGUGUGUUUAAUGACAGCUCAGUGUGUUUAAUGACAGCUCAGUGUGUGUGUUUAAUGACAGCUCAAUGUGUUUAAUGACAGCUCAAUGUGUGUGGCGUCUAUAUUCUCUGAAAGUAUGUGGGCUACAUUUUCUGAUGUCGACAAUCAUUUAUGCAGAUAUAAACUAAGCAGAGCAUAAUAUUAUAGGCAAAUGCACAUGAUGCACGCUGCAGUAUACAGCAUAUAAAUGAUUACAAACAGUAACCACACUGCUCCUCACUGCCCUGGCCUCCUGACUAUUUGUUAAGUGCUGAUGUCCUCUCCUCUGUUCCAGGACCUGUUGUCCAGUGCUUGUGGUCUGAGUGUCCUCUCCUCUGUUCCAGGACCUGUUGUUCAGUGCUUGUGGUCUGAGUGUCCUCUCCUCUGUUCCAGGACCUGUUGUUCAGUGCUUGUCGUCUGAGUGUCCUCUCCUCUGUUCCAGGACCUGUUGUCCAGUGCUUGUGGUCUGAGUGUCCUCUCCUCUGUUCCAGGACCUGUUGUUCAGUGCUUGUGGUCUGAGUAUUCUCUCUACCAUCAUCUGUACUCUCUCUACUGUCACCUGUAGUAUUCACAUCUUCUCCCUGGACCUAGUGCACCUGGUGAGUCUGCACACACACACACACACACACACACACACACACACACACACACACACACACACCACACACACACACACACACACACACACACACACACACACACACACACACACACACACACACACACACACACACACACACUCUUGUACACACACACAGACAAUAGUUUCUUUAUCCAUCCGUUAUAAUGAUUCCUCCCCUCCUCUCCCUGUUUCUUUCUCUCUAGCUCGCCCCGCACCGCUCUCGCUCCGUCAACCCAGAAUGCACCACUCCUCAGGAUGCCUUCCUAACCAACAUCAUGGACUUUGAGGAGUUUGUCCCGCCCAUCCCCCCGCCCCCCUACUACCCCCCUGAAUACACCUGCAGCUCUGAGACAGACGCACAGAGGUAAUAACACAGACAGGUAGCCUCGAGGUUAGAGCGUUGGGCCGGUAACCGAAAGGUCGCUGGUUCGAAUACCGGAGCCGACAAGGUGAAAAUUCUGUUGCGAUGCCCUUGAGCAAGGACAAUGGUGACCCUGGCUAUGACCCCACUCCCUGCAGGUGUCUCAGGGGGAGUUGGGAUAUGCAAGAAACACAUUUUCAUUAAACACUUUUGUGUAACAGUACAAAUAUUAUAAUAUAAUAUAAGCACCCCUCAAAAUAUUAUUAUUACACACACACUCUAGCAUUUGCAAAUAGCCAAGAAAAUCAUUGUUCAUUGUUUGUCUGUUUAUCUGUAUGUCCUCAGUAUCACCUAUAACGGGUCGAUGGAGAGUCCAGUCCCUCUGUACCCCACUGACUGUCCCCCUCCUUACGAAUUAGUGAUGGGACAGAGAGCAGCUAGCCAGGUCAGUGGGAAUCUGGAUUUGAGAGAGAGAGAGAGAGAGAGAGAGAGAGAGAGAGAGAGAGAGAGAGAGAGAGAGAGAGAAGAAAGAGCUGAGAGAGAGAGAGAGAGAGCUAUAGCGAUAUCGAUCGCGCAGUGCGCAUCUCCAGCUAGACCGUCUCUCUUAGAGCUCGCUCUCUUCUCUAGAGAGUUCCGCCUUUGUCUCCAGCCCUCUGACAUUUGCCUCUUGUUGUGCAUGCGUGUGUUUGUGUUUAUUAAACACAUGUCCUGUGUGGUUGUCUUUAGGCCACGGUGUUUGACAGCCAUGGGAACGAGCUGUCUGGAGAGAGGGCCACAUCCACUGCCUUCAGCGGAGAGGGUGAGAGUCACAUAUGCUACAUUCUGUUCACUUAUAUUUACUUCAGCUCUAUUAGUCAUGUUUUUACCAGUCUGGUAUUGACUGGAGAGUUUCCAUGAAGGGCCCAUUGACUCUGGUUCUUUACCUAAACAGCUACUGACUGUUCCAGCAACACUGCCAAUUCAUAAAUGUAGCCUAAUACAAACAAGUGAAUGAACCGUCUCCCUCCCUUCCUCCCAGUCUCCAUGGACAGUGGUUCUCUGUUGAUGUCGGAGAUCGUUGACAUCCCAGAUGACUCGUCACCUUCAGAGGACUCCUGCCUCGUGGGGGUGGGGGUGAGGGAUAGGGGGGAGAGACGGAGCACCAGGGGAGUGGAGGGGGGAGACGGGGGAGAAGGAGGGGAGUAUGUGAGCUUCCGUGGCCCCCCUCCCCAGGCCCCGAGAGAGUCCCCUGGUAGAGAGUCCCCUGGUGGGCCCCAGGGCCAGGCGAUUCUUCAGAGGGGAGAGGUCCAACUCCUGCCCUCAUCUAGCACUGCUACAGCUACAUACAGGUAAAUACACACACACACACACACAGUUCACAGCACAGCCAUUUUCUUACGGCUCCUUCUCAAACAAGAACUCCCGUCCCCCCUCCCCCCUCUUUGCAGGUCUCCAGUGUUGAGGCGACAGGCCAUGUUAGCCAGUAGUUGUUCCCAGUUGGAGCUGCUAGGGGGCGCCACCUCUCACCAGCGCUCCUCUAUCCUAGAGAAACGAGUCAGGCCCUGCACCCCUUUACGACGUGGUUCCGCCUCUGCCUCUGCAGCUCCUCCCACUUCCUCAUCCUCAGCUGUCAAUCAGCCGGGCUGUCAGGGCAACGGGGUGCCCCUCCCCCUACAGCCAUUGUACCUGCGUCGUCGGGGCGGAGGGAGCGAGAGGAGGGAUAGUGAUGGGCUUCUGCCCCUAGUGAGGUCACACAGCGAGCCUGGCCUCAGCUCUUCUGCUGAUACAGGUGGACACACACACACACAUACAGACAUCCUGUGUUAGUGAUUUACAACUCACACUAUGAACACACUAUGAAACACACUAUGCAGGAAAGACAUGGUGAUAGUUUGCAUUUCAUAUCUAUGUCAUACCUCUCUCUCCCUCCCUCUCUCUCUCCCUCCCUCCUCUCUCCUCCCUCUCUCCCUCCCUCUCCCUCCCUCUCUCCCUCCCUCUCUCCCUCCCUCUUUCCUCUCCUCCUCUCUCCCUCCCCUCCCUCCUCCCUCUUCCCCUCCCUCUCCCUCUUUCUCCUCUCUCCCCCCUCUCCCCUCCCUCUCCCCCUUCUCUCCAUCUCCACUCCCUCUUUCCUCUCUCUCCCUCCCUCUCCCUCCCCUCCCUUCCUCUCUCCUCUUCCCCUCUCUUCUCUCCUCUCUCCUCUCGCUCCUCUCCUCCUCCCUCUCUCCUUCCUCUCUCCUUCUUCCUCCCUUUCCCUCUCCCCCCUUUUCUCCCUCCCUUGUUUUUUUCCUUCCCCCCUUCCCCCCCACCCCCCCCCUCCCUCCCCCCCCCCUUCCCCCGCCCCCCCUUCCCUUUUCCCCCCCUCUCCCCCCUUUUCCCCUUCCCCUCCCCCCUCUUUGAGGUAUCCAGUGUUUGAGGCGACGGCCAUGUUAGCAGUAGUUGUUCCCAGUUGGAGCUGCAGGGGGCGCCACCUCUCACCAGCGCUCCUUAUCCAGAGAAACGAGUCAGGCCCGCCACCACUUUACGACGUGUUUCCGCCUUCUUGCCUCUGCAGCUCUCAACCACUCCCUCAUCCUCAGCUGUCAAUCAGCCGGGCUGGUAAGGGAAAAGGGGAUGAAAAAUCAAAAGAAAGAAAUGUUGUACCUUGCGGAGGAGGGGGAGGAGGGAGGAGAGGAGCGGAUAGUAUGGGCUUCUGCCCCUAGUGAGGGUCACACAGCGAGGCAUGCCCUCAGCUCUUCUGCUGGAUACAGGGUGGGACACACACACACACGUACAGACAUCCUGUUGUAGUGAUUUACAACUCAACACCCUCGAACACACUAGAACACACUAUGCAGAGAAAGACAAUAGGGGGGAGAGGGGGAAGGGAAGAGAGAGGGAAGAACAAAGAGAGAGAAGAGAGAAAGAAAAAAGAGAGGAGGAGAGAAAAGAGAAAGAAAGAGAGAAAGAACGAGAGCAAGAAAGAGGGAAGAGAGAAGAGAGAAGGAAAGAGAGACGAGGGAAAGAAGAAGAAAAGAAAGCGAGAAAGAAAGCAGAAAGAGGGGAGAGAAGCAGGAAAAGAAAGAAGUAAGAGAGAGAAAGAAAGAGGAAAGAGAAGAAAAGAAAGAAAGAGAGAAGAGAGAAAGGAAGAGAGAAGAGAGGAAUCGGAGAAGAAAGAAAGAGAGAAGGAGAGAAAUUCGUAUCUAAUCGAGUCUCAGUCUCUCCGCACCUACCUCUAGCAGAGCGCAAUGACCGGUGUCUAAAGAGAUCUCCUCCCGUUCUCUCGCUCUAGUGACUUCAGUUGUGGCUCAGUGGGCAGUAAGGAGUGCAGGGUCUCGGUCUCUCAUCGACCUCUCCUCCCUCUCUGCUCUAGUUGACUUCAGUUGUGGCUCAGUGGGCAGUAAAGGAGUGAGGGUGGGCUCUCAGACCUCUACAGACACAGGUGAGAAGUUAAAGGUUAGUGGUCAGAGAGGGCAGGAUUGACCACCCUUGGGUUAGACACUACAGAUUAUAGUUUCUGUCUGACUGUCUUCCCCAGGUCCGUCCUCCGAGGCAUGCCUUCUGCCCCACUCCUCUCUGGUGCCGCCCUCAGCCCUCCUCCCCAGGAAGGGCAGUGUGAAGGCAGCCACCAUGGGGCGCACCUUGCCCCUCUCCAAAGGCCCCGCCAACUCUCCCUUGCACCUGCCCAAAGAAUGCAACCGCUCUCUUGGGGACCUCAAGGUGUGUAAUGGCUGAAAAAUGCAAAUAACAGCAGCCAUAAACUCUGCAAAGAUACUUAUAUCUAGAAAUUGAGACAUUGUAUGUAGAAAGAUUAUGCCAGGUCCUCAUUUCUCAUCCUCUCUCCUUUUCUUCCUGUCAGGUGACGAGGGGGUUGGUGGCUCGCUUCCUGCAGCGCUCCAAACGGAACCUGGCGUCCGCCACAGAGCAUUCUGGGAACACGGGACAGGGUCAGAAAAGGAGAGGCGGGGCGGAGGGCAACGGGACAGGCCAUCUCCCUUUAGAGCAGGUAACACACACUGACACAUUGACACACAUACAGUAGAUACACACACACACUCACACACAGACACACACAUAUAGACACACACACACACACUCACACUAGUGUCUGUCUGUCUGUCUCCAGGUGUUACGUAACUCCUGGGGGGCCAGCCGGGGAUCCCACCCCCCACACCCUCAUCACCGCGGUCACCACCACUCUCAUAGUGACAGCCGCCACAACCGCCGUCAUAGCAACCAACCCCCUGUGACGGAGGGGAUCCACCUGCGCAGCUGCGGCGACUUAAGCUCCUCCUCCUCUGCAUCGCUAUGGCGAUUACUGACGGCCAACCCCCCUCACGGGUCAUCAGGGGCGCUGUACACAGAGUCAGCCCUGUGA